CAGCAGCGGAAGUGUUGAGGGGAGCCGCCGCUGUGGUCACAUUAAAAACUGCAUCGCCCUCUGUGACAACUGUAGAUCAUUGAGCCAUCAGCUCCCCCCUCGCUCUUAUUUCAGGGAUUUGUAGUUUUUAGUGUAAAGAACGGCGCCGCAUGGCAGCGGCCUUUGUCAGAGUAAAACUACAGUUCCCUCAGAGCUGCUCGGAGGUGUUAGUUGUCAAUAUGGCUGUUGUCAGACAGACAAAGCAGAGAGGCAAAUAAUUCGCCUCUGAUUAGAAAUCCUUGGAAAGGGGUCGGACAGGGCACUGUAAUCAUAUCGCGUUAUUGUGCGGCUGCAGUAAAAGACACAUCGGGUCUUUGCUGAAGUUAUAAAGUUAAAUGGUUAAGUGGACGAUUUGAAGCGAGCAGCAGGAUGUCUGAGUUCAGUGAGGAGCCGCGCUUCACUAUUGAGCAGAUAGAUCUGCUGCAGCGGCUGCGUCGCACCGGAAUGAACAAGCAGGAGAUCCUGCACGCGCUUGAAACUCUGGACCGGCUGGACCGGGAGCAUGGCGACAAGUUUGGCCGCCGCACCUCUUCCUCCUCCUCCUCCUCGUCCUGCUACGGAGUAGGCGGGGCCAACAGCUGCACCAACAACUCUGCCUCGAAUACUACUACAUCAUUCAACAAUAACAACACUGCCUCUGCAACCACCACCUCUUCCGUGACAUGCAACGGCAACAACAACAGCGGCGAGGUCAGCGCCGGCGAUCACUCUGCGGCCACCACGUCUUCCACGACCUCCAAAAUCUCCACUGCCACGCAGACGCAGUACGGCAGCGGAGGGGGACUCUCACCGCCUCCUACCAACAACUACAACAUUUCCCCACCUCCAGGCCCGCCGCCGCCUUCCGCCAUCUUGCCCUCACCGGUCUCACUGGUGGCUCUGUCACAGAACGGCCGGGAUAGCCUUGCUGCCACACCCAACGGGAAGCUGUCUCCUCCAAGAUACCCGGUGAACAGUGCGGCCGCAGCACGAGCAUUCGGUUUCGAAGCUACAGAAGAGGACCUGGACAUUGACGAUAAGGUGGAGGAGCUGAUGAGGAGGGACAGCAGCAUGGUGAAAGAGGAGAUCAAAGCGUUCCUGGGGAACAGGAGGAUCUCUCAGGCAGUGGUGGCACAAGUUACCGGCAUCAGCCAGAGCAGGAUCUCCCAUUGGCUACUGCAGCACGGCUCCGACCUGAGUGAGCAGAAGAAGAGGGCCUUCUACCGCUGGUACACGCUGGAGAAAACCACACCAGGUGCCACUCUGAACAUGCGGCCCGCUCCGUUACCUCUGGAGGAAAUGGAGUGGAGGCAAACCCCACCCCCCAUCAACACUGCCCCCGGAACCUUCCGACUGCGUCGAGGAAGUCGCUUCACUUGGAGAAAGGAGUGCCUGGCCGUGAUGGAGAGCUACUUCAACGACAACCAGUACCCAGAUGAGGCCAAACGGGAAGAGAUAGCAAACGCCUGCAACGCUGUUAUUCAGAAGCCAGGAAAGAAGCUGUCUGAUCUGGAGAGGGUGACUUCCCUGAAAGUUUACAACUGGUUCGCCAAUCGUCGCAAAGAGAUCAAAAGACGGGCCAACAUUGAAGCCACAAUCCUGGAGAGUCAUGGAAUAGACGUGCAGAGUCCCGGAGGACACUCCAACAGCGACGACAUUGAUGGGAACGACUUCUCAGAGCAGGCAUGUGACCUGCCCUAUUUUGACAAGAGACCUCUCAGCCGACCUUUUGGCCUUUACCGACUGGAGCCCACCUCGCCAACACAGGACGACAGCGCAGCGCACAGCGAGCACCAGGACCCCAUCUCUCUGGCUGUGGAGAUGGCUGCUGUCAACCACACCAUCCUGGCCCUGUCCAGAACCGGAGGGGUCCCCAACGACAUCAAGACGGAGUCCCUGGAGGACGAAUGAACUGCACAGGAAAUGCGACGGAGGAAGCGGAAGAGAGAAUUGACAGUCGAGGGUGGAAAGGGGAGCUAUUAAACAAAAACAAAAAAGAAAGUCAAAAAUAACACUACUUAGUAAACCUUCUGAAUCUGUCCCUCUGCCAGCCCCUGACAGCUGUUCCUUCUUUCUCAGCUUCCCUCCUCCUACAAAGUCAAUGUAAACGGUAUUUACCCCCCCACCCCGCCCGACUCAAUAUAUUGAAACAGCUGGCAGGAAUGGGUCACUAUAUGUCUUCUGAAAAUUUUCCACGGAAAGAAGAAAAAGGGGGCAAUCCAGGCCUUUAACCCCCAAAUCAGUGGCCCUCGUCUGGGAUUUGUGUUUCCCAGGAACUCCCCUCUCUCCCCUCUCGGGAUACCUCUCCUCUUCCUUAUCCCCCUGCUCUUCUCCAGCCUGGUUGUCUGAGCCGAUCCUCAGUCUAUCUCACCUCAACCUCAAAAAAACAAAUGU